AUAAAUAAAUAAAUAAAUACACCAAAUUCGAUUUCGCCCAGUGCCAACACAAUCCCUAAUUCACCCUCUUCUUCUCAAUCGACAUGGGAGAAAGGAUCCCUCGUAUGCCCUAAUUGGAUCCGAGAUUGCCCUAGACGAGGCCCCAUGGCUCAAAUUCCCAGCCUCGACAACGCCCCUCUUAAUCUCUCCUCUCUCAGGGAGCAGUCACAGAAGGAGCUCCUCAACAUCCUCAAGAAUAUUCGAGGUAAGAAAUGUUUGGUCAUUGAUCCGAAGCUCGGGGGAACUCUCUCUUUAUUGAUUCCGACGUCGCUGCUCAAGGAAAACGGUGCGGAGUUGCGCCAUCUCUCUGCAGAUCCUGUCCAAACAGAAUGCUCCAAAGUAAUAUAUCUUGUUUUUCCUCAGCUGAACUUAAUGAAGUUCAUCACAUCUCACAUCCAGAAUGAUGUUUCUAAAGGAGUGCAAAGAGAGUAUUUUGUUUAUUUUGUGCCACGCCGCACAGUUGUUUGUGAAAAGAUCUUCGAAGAGGAAAAGGUGCAUCAAAUGCUGACUUUGGGAGAGUUCCCCUUAUACGUAGUUCCACUGGAUGAGGAUGUCCUUUCUUUCGAACUUGACCUUUCUUUGAAGGAAUGUCUUGUUGAUGGUGAUACAAGUUCCAUUUGGCACGUGGCAAAUGCUAUUCAUAAGCUGGAGUUUGCUUUUGGUGUGAUUCCAAACGUGAGGGCUAAAGGCAAAGCUUCAACUAAGGUUGCUGAUCUUCUAAACAGCUUGCAAGUAGAAGAUCCAGUAAACAUGGGUGAUAUGGCGAUUCCGGAGAUAAACACGCUCAUUUUACUUGAUAGAGAGGUGGAUAUGGUGACACCAAUGUGCUUUCAGUUAACAUAUGAAGGACUACUAGAUGAGAUUUUGCAAGUAAAUAAUGGUUCUGUGGAGGUUGAUGCCUCCAUUAUGGGAGGACAACAAGAUGGGAAAAAAGUUAAAGUUCCUUUAAAUUCUAGCGAUAAGUUGUACAAGGAGAUUCGAGACCUUAAUUUUGAAGUAGUUGUUCAGGUUUUGCGUGAAAAAGCAACAUCAAUUCAGCAAGAUUAUGCAGAAGUUAAAUCUACGUCCCAGUCUGUAUCUGAGCUGAAGGAUUUUGUGAAGAAGUUGAACUCGCUACCAGAAAUAGCUAGGCACGUGAAUCUUGCUCAACACUUGCAAUCUUUCACAUGUAAACCUUCCUUUCAUGGUCGACUGGACAUCGAGCAAACAAUUCUGGAGCUACAGAACUAUGAGAUAUGUUUUGAGUACAUUGAGGAGAUGAUUCACAAACAGGAACCGAUUGUCAAUGUACUUCGCCUUCUGGUGUUAUUCUCCCUUACCAAUUCUGGGCUGCCUAGGAAGAACUUCGAUUACUUGAGGAGGGAGAUACUCCACAGUUAUGGCUUUGAGCACAUGCCCUCAUUAUAUAAUUUGGAAAAAGCUGGGCUUUUGAAGAAACAGGAAACAAAGAACAAUUGGCUUACUAUCACAAAAGCUCUACAACUUAUAGUUGAUCAAACCGGCACUUCAAACCCGAAUGAUAUCUCCUACAUCUUUUCUGGAUAUGCACCUCUUAGUAUUCGCCUUGUCCAACAUGCAAUCCGAUCGGGAUGGAGAUCUAUUGAAGAAAUAAUAAGACUGUUGCCCGGACCUCAUUUGGAUCUAAAGAGAGGUGUAAGUAAUGCUAAUUCUAUAUCUGAGACAGUUCCAGGAGCUCAAUCAAUUAUUGACAGGGUUGCUGAUGGCCGUCGAUCGUUAGUAUUAGUUGUCUUCAUUGGAGGGGUAACUUUUGCUGAGAUUGCUGCAUUGCGGUUUCUUAGUGCACAGGAAGGAAUUGGUUAUGACUUCAUUGUUGGGACCACUAAAAUUGUAAACGGCAACACAAUCCUCGAUACGCUUAUAUCCACCAAAAAUUAAGAAACAAGCCAAAUUCGGAAAUGAUUAAUGCUUUUCCUGAUUCACUGAGAAAUUUCUGGGACGCGCACGAGAUUAGAAUCGUGUUUUUUGAGGAACCAACUUUUGUGGAAGAACCAUGGUUCAGAGGCGCGACGAAGGCUUAUUUUGGAUUGAUUUGUUUUUCGGGGAACUCUGCUUUGAGUUGAAUUUGUAACAUUAGACUGCCACCGCGUGUAUAAUUUUCUAAAUUAUUUUUUGUUUUUUGUAUUGGUUGAUAAGAGUAACGCCAGACUUUGACAUUGAUACCUCGGGUAUUAACCAUCAA